CCACAAAAUUUGCACUGUGAUUUGAUUUCUCUAAGAGGUUUACACGGCUCCGGUAGAACUAUAGACACAGACACAUGGUGCGUCUGAUCUAGUAGAUCUUAUUGAGCAGCGGAACCGCCUCUAGAUUUAUUGAGAUGUACUGUAUACACCUAGAUUUUUGGAAGGAAAUGGUACAAGGAAACGACCGGAAACAGGGCUAUUUAUAUUCAUUACAGAUCAACAAAGUGCCAUUAGAGGACGAUUAAACAUUUUAGCCCCUGCUUUCGUGCUUGUAGGUGCAUCCUCAGGCAUUGCAGCCCACAAUUGAUAUCCUUGAGAUAUACCGCCACAGCUGCAUAGCUUGCAGCUGGCACAUUGAUCUCUUGCAAAUAUAGCGCCAUAGCUGCAUAGUGGCCGAGCCAGGAUUAUAUAUAUACUAUAUAAUACAUACAUAUAUAGUCUCACACCAUCAUAAGCUGAAUAAGUUAAAAUUAGCAAAAAAAAUUAGUUCAAAGUUUAAAUAGAAAAUCAUGACACUAGAACUUACGUUACACCUUCCACCAUAUUAAUUAGUGGCUUCAAGCAUCUACAGCAUGGGCCGGUCACGUUUUUUCGACUCAGAUGAAUGCCUCAAACGUCCGGCCUGACCGACACCCAUCAUAUCCAAUCCAAAUAUGGGGCGGAUAUGGGGCGCCCGGGCACGCCCGCUACGUCGGACCCGACCCAUGCUGGCCUUUACGACCCCACAUAUAUUCGUCCCCAUCCGCUCGCCAGAUCAAACCCUAGCCACUUCACUCCGCUCCCAUCCGCCACCCGAGCUCAUCUCCGCGCGGUUUUCGGCCUUCUCCGCCAUGGCAGGCAGCGGAUCGGACUCCGACCAGUCCGGAUCCCUCGAGUGGGGUGUCAUCCCGUGUGGGUUGGAGGAGGCAAUGGCAGUCCGCAUUGCACUCCGCCGCUCCCGGGAGGACAGCGCCCGGCCGACGGACAGAUCCCCCUGUAGCGACACCAUAGCGUCGGCUCACCGGGCGCUUGAGUCUUCUAGUGCUGGAUCCUCGCGGUCCCGUCAGCCGGAACACCUCUCCUUUCCCAUCACCGGUUGGGCAGACUAGGAGUCCUACCGGGAACUGGCAGCUCUCCGUGGGAAUGAGAGGAUAAGGGCCGCUGAGGCCCGUAUCGCGGCGGAAAUGGUGGUUGCGGAGGCGGCUGAUGCGGCGGCGCAGGCGGCCGUAGAGGAGGAAGCCAUCCGCGCCCACAUUGUGAAGAAAUGGUAGCGGAGGAACAUGCGCGCCCUCACCCAAGAGCAGAAUUGGGCCGUCCUUGCCAUCGAAUGAGGAGAAGGAGGACAACGACAGCGAGGACAGCUUCGGCGACGAGCAGAUCCGGCUCGAUCCGUACCGCGUCUUCGACCGGUACUUCCGUGAGAAGGACGGCAAGGGCAGCUGUGGAUGAACUCCACCAUAGCCAAACAUGUCAAAUUUUGAUAGUCCGAUGGCAUGUUUAGUUAGUAGUGAAUGGAGUAGCCGGACGAUGUGUGUGCAUCGAUGUAGUUGCAUCAGUUUGUAUGGAUUUGAGAUAUGGUAAUUGAGGUGUACGGAUGUGGAUUACAUUAUUUGAGGGGUGCUCGGUCAGUGCCGCCGGACUCGCCAGACGCGCCCGCAGGCGUUUGAGGGGCCAGAUUUGUCAAGUCCGGCUAUAGAUGCUCUUAGUGCUCCAAUUUUCGCAUAUAUUUGAUUUUUCAUUGACAUCAUUGUUGAUAUUGAUUUGUGAUUACUCACCACUAUUGGCUACAGUAACAUAUACCACAUGUAUAUAUGAACACAAAUACUCCCUCCGUCAAGAAUUACUUGACACUGAGAUGGAUGUACUCUCAGAGUCGAGUAAUUCCGGAUGGAGGAAGUAGCUAUCAACAAGACAAGAAUGCAUAGGUAUCACUUUGAUUUUCCUAGGUAUUAACCGAUGUGUAGUGUGGAAUUUGGGCGGCAUGGGGGUGGUUGAUCCUUACAGUCCUAUGCACCGCUGCUAGACUGUUGAGCCGUUGUGCCGACUUGAGUAAACUAGCGCUUUGCGUUGCGUUGCACACCCAAUCACUGUGUCUCAUAAACAAACGUGUUGACAUAUGCGUCCGCUCUCUAUGUUUUGCUCUAGUGCCAUUUUUACCGGGAUCACUUGUGAGGGUCAAAUCUUAAGGACGAAGAGGAUAACCAUUUUCCCAAUUGUUUUGCUUGUAGUAGGUAGUAUCUAGCCGCUACCUAUCUAGGGUGACCCAUGACAUGUGAAGGCCUUUGAUAAUUUUUAUUUAGUUAAAUCCUUGGUUCAUAUACAAUCCUUUAUGGUUUGUGUCAAGUCGCAAGGUGUAGUUUGUUGAUAGACUGAGCUUCGUGUCUUUGACUUUUCUAGACCAUCCAAUAAGUGAUUGGUGAAGCCAAAAGUAGACAAUGAGCUAUGAUAAAUGCACUACCUUACCAAAUCGCCCAUGUACAUACAACAAUGAUCCCAUUGACGUGUCUCUAAGCAUAACCAAACUUGCUUCACAAGUACAUCAAUAAGAAGCAUAGUCUUACACAAAUGAGACCAUUACGGUGGCAGUUUACACAUAAGAUCUCAUGUGCUGAGUAUCAUUGAAGUCAUGCAAUGGAAAUUCCGAAAGAUAAAUCCAGAUCCGAAUCAACAUGUCUUAACCCUACAACCUCUCACUAGGAAAAAUAAUUAUAGUUCGCACAUACACUUCGCACAAUAAAUUGGAUCUUCUUUCAGCCUUCUUUGGUUCAUAGGAUAGGAAUUUUAUAGGAAUAGGAAAAUCAUAGGAAGUGAGAUGACAUGCAUGUUAAUUCCUAUAGAGAAAGAGGUGCCAUUUGGUGCAUAGGAUAGGAUUUUUUCCAUUGAGUUUAGGCUAAUAUUUUUUUUCUCCAAAAUGUGAAGGAUUGAUUCCUAUCCUACAUAGGAAUAGGAAUCCAUUCCUACAAACCAAAGAGAUUCAAAUGAAUUUUUUCUUUGCAAAUCCUAUCCUAUAGAAUUCCUACAAAAAUCCUACAAACCAAAGGAGGCGAAACAUGUCUGGUCAAUCAACAAGUCAUACAUUGAAUGCACUUGCGGGCCUAAGGAGAUUAUAACAUACAUAUACUUUUCGGCCUCUUUUGAAGCUUAUAGGUAGAGCUAAGCACACAAGGGCAUGGCAGUGCCUGAGAACGGUGCGACCACUUUGAAUUAUUUGUACGUAACAUUUCCUUGCAUUUCUACCUACAAGAUGUGUUUCCAGGACUUGCACCGGCAACAACUUACCGCCGCGCCAAGGCUCCCCUUCAUAGGUAGAACUAAGCUUUUGUUAUGGGUAUAGACUUGUGCACGGAGUGAUAAUAGAGUGCAACUAUUUUCUAAGCGUAAUGACAUUUUCUAUGAAAUCAAUAAUGCACACUUAAUCAUACCAAGAUAUAAAUAAGCAAGUAUGGGGUCAACAUGAUCAAAGCGGGUGCUUUAGUGGCUCCAUCGGAUCUUGGUACUGGUCAGGGUAUUUGAUGAUAUCGUUUGAAACUUUUCCUUCUAAUUGAUGAGAAUGAACAAAGAUAACCAAUAAAUAAUAAAUUCCAGAAAAACCCAAAUUAUGAAAUUGAUAAAAUUUGAUAUACUUAGAUUUUUGUGGAUUUAUAAAAAAAUAACUUCAUUUGGAUUCAGAGUAAUUUAUGGUUGUUUAUUGCUCAUUGUUACUCCGCGAAACAAGCUCAUUUUCUUUGUUAACUAAUGAACAUCCACAUAAUGUUAACUAAGGAACAUAAUAAAAUAGAGAACCAAGGCAAACUUGAGAGUAAGCGUUGACGUCUCAUGCAUAUAUCUAGGAAUACGAUUUCAAUCAAAUUAAUAGAAAGCAUAUAUGCCAAAAACUUAAAUACGACUUCCUGCAAUGAAAGCGUACUUUGAAUUUGUACACACAUGUAAGUAUUUUAAAGUCCACAUGUCGACCCUGCAACGGGUUUAAACGCUAAUGAUCACCCUCACAGGUUAGGCCCGCCCAUUAGAAACGGAGGUGUUGGAGAGGCUUACUGGUGACGAACAACGACUAAUGAGUAGGCCACAACGACAUUGUUGGGCUUAGGAAGUCCUCGUCAUGGGUAGGAGAAGGGAAAAUGGAGCAUUGCGUGAGCAAAGUUUGGAUCGAGAUGAAGCAAAUGGGGUAGCAUGGGGAGAAGGUUGACUGGGUGUUCGCGGCGGUGGCUGGCCCAUCUAGCAAGAGAGGGAAGAGAGGAAUGCACAUGAGGCAAACAGUGAGCGGAGGCAUCGACGAGGACUACAACGUCGUCGCUCUAGUGCAACACAUGACCUAGGUUAGGUGAUCGCAUGUGGUUGCCGGUAGGUGUGGCGUGGGCGCACUCCACGUUGUAGCAUUAUUUGGGGCUUUCCUCGGCUCGGGGAAGAAAGGACAGGGGGAGUUUGCCUGGUGUGGUCUUGGUCUAGAGGUAGUGAGAGGGAGUGAGAGAGGUGCAAGAAAGGAAGUGGGUAAAGUAGAAAGAACAGUUGCACUUGUAAAAGAUGAUUUCAUCUUGAUAUAGGAGGUUGAGGUGGAUCUUCAUGAUUUUUUGGGAGAUUUUUAGAUCAUUUUCUAUAUGCCAAAUAUUGAAGUUUCUGCCCAAAAAUGAAAAUUUGGUUUAGUUCCAAACCUUUUAACUUGAGGUCGUGAGUUUUCCAAUUGGAGGUCACUCGGAAGGUUGGAAAUAGCAAAGAUAUAACUUGGGUAAUUUUUUGACGAUGUUUUGUUAUAAUAUUAAACACGUGUUAAAAAUAUCUUUAGUCAUGCAGAUUUUUGGUGAAAAAAGGCAACACCAUAUAUUAUUAUUUUGAUACGGGAGAUAAUAUAUUAUGAUACAAUUUUCAUUUCCCAUUUUCAUUAAAUUUAUGUCAUCAAAGAUCUUAUCACUUGCUUUGAAGAGAUAGAUUUAGGGUUAUGAAAGAAAGGAAAAUACUUAGGGAUUUGGGUGAUUCAAUUUUACAGCAAUGAUAUUUUAUGCAAAUGAAAGACCGAAUUCCAUUUGUCCGCCCCACGAGAGAAAUGAGAGAGAAGAGAGAAAUGUGAUUUAGAAUUUCACGGUUGGGUUUGCAUUAUAGAAUUUGGUCAGAAUCUAGAUAACUAGUGUAAGAGUUCCGCGGCAGGAGGUGGGUCGAUGUCGGAGCUGUCGUAGUCGGACCCAUAGUCGUUGGAGGAAUCGGAGAUGAUGAUGUAGCCCUUCACGCGACGGACGACGCGGUCCUGCUUGCGCUUGAGCUUGGCCACCCUCGCCGCCUCCCGCUCGGACUGCUCAAUGCCGAGUCGGAGCGCCUUGGAGUUGAUCCUCGAAGCCGGUGGGCGUCUGUCUCCGCCGUCGUAAGUGACAGGCGGUACAACCACUAGAGGGGACACUCAUCCUUGUUUGGCACGUCCGGCAUCACGCGGUGUUAGCGGGAGGACUGCGCUGCCGCAUCCGACGCGGCCCCCAUCUCCCUUGCCCUCUGCCUCUUGUGGCGGGCAGUGCGCGCCUCCGAUUCCGGAGUCCACAUCCGUGUGGUGCCGGUGAAGCGGGCACUAGAACCCAUGGCUGCCUGCACGGAGCAGCGGCCGUAGGUGGAGGAGGCCAAUGGACGGGCGACGCCGAUUGAGCUGCCCUCACAGAUCCGCACGCGGGGCGGAAGUGCCGGCACCGGUGUCGGCGAUGUGGCUGCAGGUGAUAGGCGGCGUCGCACCUGAACCGGAGUUGUCGCUCGUAUCCACCCGCAAGCGCUCCCGCUUGAUCCAAAGCACCAGCUCGUCCUCGUCUUCGGAGCUGCCGUCCUAGAUUUGGGCUGCAUAUGAGGGGUGCUGAUCAGCCCGGGCGUUUAAGGGCGGUUUGAGCCAUCCAGGGUUGGUUUUUUUGUGACCAGGCGUUUGAGACUGGUUUGAGAAGUCCGGCUAUAGAUGUUGUAACAACUACUACCUCCAUCCUAAAAUAUAAGGUGUUUUUGUAAUCCUAAAAUAUAAGGUGUUUCGCAGUUCAAGCUCUCAAAUACUUUUGAGGUACUUAGUGUAGAAGUUUGCAUUUAACUUAAAGUUUCAGGCAGAAACCAGCUACUCGGCCUUAAUCUACUCGAAAAUGCUUGUGUUGCUACUUUAUUGCUUGGCAGCCCAGACUUGAGCCUCAGGACGCCCUCACGCCAGCCCCACUCGCUCCUCGGUCCUCUUCCGCAGGCGCACACCAUCGUCCUCCACCAGCCGCCACCGCCGAUCCGCCGGUCACCCCCACACCAUCCGACCAACGGCGACCCCCUCCCCACCUCACUACCGGCCACCUAGUGUGUAGGCCUCCCCGGGCGGCCACCCCGACCCCGACCCCGACCCCACCACCGGCGACCCAGCCACUCCAUCACCGGCGACCCGGCCUCUCCCACCACCACCGGCGAUCUAGUCUCUCCAACUCCACCACCGCCGAUCCAGCCACUCCCACCAUCGGCCCCCCUCCUCCCACCCCCCACCACCUCUUCCCACCCCCCACCACAGGAGCGUCAGCUUAACCCUAGGUUGUUCAAAUGGUUGGACGACGCCAGACUGCCAAGAGUACUCCUUCUAGUGGCCAUGAAGGGAGGAUGACUGAUCCCAAGUAUCCUGAGCUGACACCUCUCCUUGAGAUGGUGCACAGGAGGAGGGUUGAGAGGGAAGCGGUUGAGGCUGAAAUGGCGUCCAGAAAAAAGAGAGGGGCUGAGCUCAAGAAACCCACACAAGGUGGGGCUCCCGGGGAGGAAGAACAGAGCGAACUGAGAACUGUUCUGGAGUCGGCGUCACGUCGAUUGGGCAGCGGCGGUGGACAUGAUGUAAAAAGGGACAUGCUGGCACUGUUUGAGGCAUCAAUUAGGGUGGCUUCUAAGAGGCAAAGCAAGAUGACAGAUAUUCCGCAUUUUUACUUACCUGAGAAAGCCACCUUUGCUGAUCUCAUGAAACUAAAAAUGGAGAAGCUUCAGCGCUAUGAAAGUGUAAAAUCGUUCGACAUCGAAGGUCUAUCACCUGUGACGCCCCCCACAGAACUGGACACAUAUCAGAUUAUCGAUAUCACCCGUCCAAGUGACACUGACCCUGAAAAGGCAAUAUCAGUGGCCCAAAUUCUAUCCCGUGAAACAGACAAUUACUUUGCUGCAGUGCGGCCAACUCCUGAUCCUACAGCGGCUGGAGGGUUUUUUGUAUUCUCCAAUAUUAUUUUGCCAUGGUUCUUUGGAAAAUGUCAUCAAAUGUCUUGUAGUUCGAGAUAUGCGAAGAUAGAGAAUAUGCAGGUUUGUCGUGAUAGCAUAUACUUGUUGGUUGAAGAAAUCCUCCGCCUUGAUGAUGAGAACUGCAAGCAUAUUACUGGUUACAUGAUAUCGCUGCUCGAAAUAGGAAUGUUCUUGUUUGGAGAAUUUCCUAGAAUGCAAGGACCAGUUGAUCUACUCCAGGACAAUUUUGACUUGGAUCUCAUCAUUCAUUUGACAGCUGAAGUUCUGUUUGAUAUGAGAAACUGGUCGUAUCUCUCGAAGACGGGAUUUGCAUUUUAUCUCGGAAUGGUAGAAACAUGGUUAGAUGUGAUUGGGCACAAGGAAACGUUUCUGGCAGGUUGGAAGAAGAUGACUGCCGCGGUGACCAAAUUUGAAAAGAGUGGACACAAGCUGGACCUCCUUGGUGCCAAUGGUUAUUUCUCUUUGAGAAAACUGGUCGGGAACCGAUUGCAUCUUCUAAAGUUUGACGAAGAAUAUGUGAAGAGACUAAUAAUCAGAAAAUGUAGGCAACACAAGGGAAGAAUGGAAGCCUUGAAAGAAGAUACCAAUCAAGUUCAGUUGAAAGACCAUGAGGGAGAGAAUAAGAAUGGAGAGACGGUGGAGCCGGAAAUUGCUGAUGAUCUGGCUUGGAAAAAGGCUAAGAAAGAAUAUGAGUAUUGGUUGAGCUUGAUGGUUGAAGACAGAGAUAUGCUGAUCAAAGUUCUCUGUGAGCUGAAUGUGGAUCUGUUUGACAAGGAUCAGAGUGAAGUUCCCAGAGUUGUAUGGUAGCAUGCACGUUGCAUACAAUGCUCGGCCUGGACCUUUACCACCCCAAGGUUACACGUAUCUUUCCUGGCCACAGUCUCUUCAGCUGUAUGGUGGAGCGCCUAUUUUUGACAGUGCCCAUCCUGGAUCUUUUCCGCAAGCUCACGCACACCCUUCUCGGCCACAGUCUCUUCAGCUGUAUGGUGGGGUACCUACUGCUAACAGUGCCCAGGCUGGAUCUCUUCCGCAAGGUUACGCACAUGUUUCUCGGCCACAGCCGUAUGGUGGGGUGCCUACUUCUAACAGUGCCCAGCCUGGAUCUUCUCCGCAAGGUUACGCACAACCUUGUCGGCCACAGCAAUAUCGAAGAUGAAACCAGUAGGUAGCUGCUGAUAUUGAUGAUGCGCUGCAAUUUUGAAGCCUGCAGCAAUUAUCGUUUUGUGGUCUGCUAACCAGGCCAACAGCAGGUCAUGUACACCCAUGUGUUUCCUGCUGCAGUGUAACUUAGUUAGACGGUGAUUGCCCCUGGAUGAUGCAGAUGUAUGCCUGAGUCUGUUUUUCUUCUUCUGGGUACUGUUUGUCUUCAUUAUAUCUUUGCUCAGAGCAUCCAAGACUGAAGUAGUCUGGGUGAUUGCCCCUGGAUGAUGCA